UUUCCCACCCGGACACCAACAGCGUCAUCGGCAGAUCGGACGAAGAAGGCCCGUCAUCACCGACGUCAACCGACGCUUGUUUCCAACCACGGAAGCCGACCAUGGAUAUUGAUCGCAAGCCGACGCCGAAUGUACAAAUUAAAGCUUCAAUGGCGACACCGUCGAUAAGCGCGGCCGCCCAGAACGCGACGAGUAAUACCAAGGGUGGCCGUGGUAUCAAUGCGCCGAGUCCCGGCAACCAACAUCAACAACAGCUACAUCCACAAUAUCAUCCCAACUCCCAGGCCCACCUACCAUCCGGUCAACCAGACCACAGCUCCCAACUUCGAUCUGCUACUGUAAGUCAGACGAAUUCGCCAGUGCAGUAUCAGUCGCAGUCGCAGUCGUCGGCGCAACCUUACAAUGUCCAACCGCAGUUGCAGACACCGCACAGGCGACCAGACUCGAAAGCAUCCGCAACAUCGCAAACAACUGCUCAUAACCCGCCGCAAUCGCCAACAUCGUCCGUCGGUUACAGUCCAAACUCUUCGGCUGCCGCUGGCACUGCUACGGCCAAUGAUACGCCUGCCGAUGUCCCAUCUCCCGGUGUUGAUGGCGGAGGCAGGGAUCCCAACGGGGAACCCAAGAAGCCUCGGGCUUGCGAAAGUUGCCGUGGUCUCAAGGUUCGAUGUGAGCCAGACCCCGCGAAUCCGAACGGGGACUGCAAGCGAUGUGCCAAAGCAAAGCGUCCUUGUAUCGUGACGGAACCCUCGCGCAAGCGUCAGAAAAAGGCAGACAACCGGGUGGCGGAGCUGGAAAAGAAGAUCGAUGCUCUGACAGCGACCUUGCAAAACGUGCGCGGUGGCACGAAUCCCUUGCCCAUGACAUCCCCACCUGUCUCCUCGGCAACUACUACUGGGCCUGAUGCACAAGCGGCGCCCAGGUAUACAGCGACUCCUUAUGAUCCCAAUGGCUAUGGAUCUGGAAGGGGGGCAUCUAGUCAACCGCCUUCCGCAACAAAGGAUUGGCCUGUUCCCCCAAGAGAACAGCCUGCGUCAGGACGCCAACAGACACCGUCACGAGCCUGGCCUGGGUACAGUGAAAUGGAUCGCGAUAACAACCUCUACCUAACGCCGACUAUAGCCCCUGGGGGACAGAAAAGGAAGCAUACCGAUGAUAGAGAGCGAGCUAGUCAGGAUCCGCGAGAUGGUUUCUCGAUACCACGGCCGCCAAUAAGACACCCUGAUAUUGUUGACCGAAACAUAAUCAGCAUGGUUCAGGCAGCUGCAUUCUUCGAGCGUUAUCAUAAGCAUAUGGUUCUGCAUCUACCAGGCGUCGUUUUCCCCGCCGACAUGACGGCAGACAAGCUCAGGAGAUCAAAACCGAUCCUUUUCCACGCAGUCAUGGCUGCUGCCGCGGGGGAAGUACCCUCAGUGCAGAAGAUUCUGACGAACGAGUUGAUGAAACGCUUUGCGGAGGAGGUCAUGGUGACUGGAAGCAAGAGUCUAGAGCUCGUCCAAGCAAUUCAGGUGGCUACCAUAUGGUACUGGCCGCCCGAACGCUUUGAGGAGCUCAAGUUCUACCAGUUACUUCACAUCGCCGCGGUUAUGGCCAUCGAUCUCGGUCUUGGAAGGAACAGACAGCCAAGGGGCGGACUAAGGAAUGGCAUGCCCUCCACCAUACGUGAUAAAAUCAUGUAUAAACCACCUCCGCCGGAUCCCACGUCAAUCGAACCCAGACGGGCGUGGUUGACGUGCUAUUUUCUCGCCACCAAUACUUCCAUGGCACUCCACCGACCGAAUCUCAUCCGAUGGUCCUCGUUCAUGGAAGAAAGUGUCAAAAUACUAGAGACGUCGCCUGAAGCAGCACCAACGGACAAGUAUCUGUGUCACCUAAUUUGGACGCACAGACUAGCAGACGAAGUUGGCAUCAAUUUCUUCGAUGAUCAUAACUCAGGCUCCAGCAUCACGAUUCCGAGAACACAGCAUCUACUCAGCUACUUUGAGCACAAGCUGGACGAGUACCAGAAGUCACUCCCAGACGACAUGCGACAGCCAUCGCUCAUGUUAAGCUUUUACGUCCUUGACUUGUACAUGCACGAGAUCGUCUGGCAGAAUGAGAGCCCCGAUGACGGCAAAGGGCCUGCCACGUCAAUUGAUGGCCAAACAGCCUGGCUGGACGGUAACUUGACGCCUGCCCACGUGAAAGCGCUGAGCGCAACUCUGGAGGCCAGCAAGCACAUCUUUGACGUGUUUCUCACCAUGGAGGUCCAUAGUAUACGCUGUCUGCCGGCCUUCAGCUUUGUGCGCAUCGCCUACGCCGUGGUAAUCCUGAUCAGAAUCCAUUUGUCUGUGAUUUCGCCCAAGACCGAGCUGGGAAAGGUGAUGAAAAAGGAGGACAUAGAGGUUGAGAAGUGGAUCGAGAAACUCCUGGAGAAGUUCAAAGCUACCAUGGCGGACGACAAGAACAGGCCAGCUGCCAAAUUCUUCUUCGUUCUCGGGAUGCUUAGACAAUGGUUCCAAGCGCAGAAGCAGCCUACCUGGCCCAAAGGUUCACGCACCUCCAAUGCUGAGGCCGGUGGUCCUUCCGGAGCGGCAGCAAUGGGUAGUAUAACUUCGACAGAGUCGUCAAGUACGCCUUCAUUUGCUGGCAAUCAAUCAUCACGAAAAGAUAACGCUGGCGACAAGGACCUCGCCACCGCCGCCGGGCCGUCACGAUCAAAUCAAACAUACAAGCAACAACAGCAACGGCAACAGCAACCGAAUGCAUCCGAUUAUCCAACCACAGCAGACACGCCACUCCAUCUCCUCUCCGAGGUCGCGACACACGAAUCAUCAACCGUCCCGACCCCCAACUCCGGUCCUCCUCCUCCCGGAAAACCCACCGUCACAGCAGGUCCAUCACCUAGCCAUACCGCCCACAUGCCCAACAACGCGAACAUCAUCCUCUCAACCCCAAUCAGCGCUCCACCCAACGGGGCUUCGGUGGAGUGGAAUCUCCGAUCACAGCCACAGCCUGCCCAACAACCAUCAUUCAUGUCUGGCGCCAGUCCCGCCACGACAGUUCCAGAUAUGAGCCAGCAGCAGCCCGAUCCCCUACCCUGGCUCAGCCAAGCGUUCAUACCCGAAUUCGAACCGGCCAUCUUCGGCGACGGAUUCGAGCAGGCCAUGGACUUGACGCUCGGCGGGCUGGUGGGCGAUGAGUUCAAUAUGAUGGCGCUGGGUAUGGGCUUGGGUAUGGGAGUAGGCAUAGGAAUGGGCGGUGGGGGCUUCGACGGCGGUCUGGGCGCUGGGUUUGGAGAUCAGUGUGCUGCUGCUGCUGGGUUGGGGGGAAGGCCGCCGUCGGCGUAUGAUUACGGUCAAGGUUGGUAUGGGGCGGGACAGCAGCAGCAGGAUGGGAAUCAGGGGAGAGGAGGAGGCGGUAGUGGUGGACAUCAUGCUGGGGGUAUAAAUCCCAAUAUGGGUUAUUACUGAUGGAACGAAACCAUGGUGACAUUGCUGGACUGGAGUGUCUUCGAAAGCGCUGGUGCUCUGAACGUUAGCACUAUUUCUCCCGAAUGUCUCUUUCUCUGUCACAGCUUGAAUCAGUUGGAGAGCUUGAAUCAGUUGGAUAUUUGGAUAUAAAAUCAAGCAUUGAUACGUGGCAUGAGUAAUGGUUAAUGGUUAAUAGAAGAACUUUGUACUCGUCAGGGAUGCAACAAGAGCCACACUCCACGCACGCCCAAAACUCCCCAGGUACGCCCUUCAAGUACACCCUCUUAAGACACUCAAGAAAAGGAUUCCGU